ACAGUUGCAGGAGUCGGUACCGUGAUAUCUGAGAAAAUGUUGUCCAUUCAGCCAAAUUAUUCAAGGCUUUUUAGGCCGUGGGACGUUAGUGAUAGUAAAGGUGAUAUCGUCUGUGAUAAAACGGUUUUAGAUGAAGAAAAGAAAAGGAAACUGGAAGAAAAGAGAGAAAAUCGACUGAGGAAAAUUCGAGGUACGUUCAAGAAAACCGAAACCAAUUUACAUCAGGACGCUACUGUGUCCACAACUACUAUUGAUGUCGACGACAACAAGAAACUACCUAUAGCGGAUCCAGUAACAAGUCUCAGUUUAUGCUGCGAUAGACUACUCAAAGAGCCUAAAGAAGGUAAUAAAACAACGCAACACGAAAUCAAAAAUGAAAAUAAAAUAGAAACAAAACCCGCAGAUUUGUGUACGCAACUCCCAAAUUUAUACCCUAAUCCAAACAUCUACAGUCCUCCAUUCGUUCCCGAUUAUCUUCCAGCGGCUGACAUCGCUCAUGCAUUAGGAGUUCCACCAUCAGAUCCUUUACUCCUCGAAUCUCUAGCUCAAGGAUACGCAAUGGAAUUAGAAUACGCGCGAAUUAUCCAGCAAGAAAACGAAGCAAAAUUGCUAAAUGCAAGAAAACAGCGCCCGAAAAAGUACAAAUGUCCUCACUGCCACGUAGGAUUUUCAAAUAACGGUCAAUUGAAAGGUCAUAUUCGGAUUCACACUGGGGAGAGGCCUUAUAAAUGUGAUGAGAAGAAUUGUGGAAAGACCUUCACGAGGAAUGAGGAGCUGACGAGACACAAGAGGAUCCAUUCAGGAGUGCGACCCUUCCCGUGUCCGACUUGUGGCAAGAAGUUUGGGAGACGAGAUCAUUUGAAGAAACACACAAGGACACACUUCAUGCAAGCUGAAAGGAUGAUGCCUGUUUUCGUGCCGCUUUCUGCCGUGCCUCACGCUUUCCCUUAUUUGUAUGGUUACUGAAAAAUAAUUCAUAAAAUAUAGGCGAAAAUUACUUAUUUUUUCAAACUUUACCAAUUUAUCGAUAUCGUUUUUCAUGAAAAUUAAUGUACCCUUAUAGUGGACUUUUGCUUGUAACUUGUAAAUUUAAGAUGCGCAGAAAACCACAAAGUACGCCAUUUUGUCUAAACUUCAGCGACGCGCCAAUUAAAAUGAACGUCAAAUUUGACGGCGCAUUUCUUUGCUAUAUUAUUUUAAUCGAGUUUUUGACAAUCUAUUUUUUGACUUGAAUGUAACAAGUAUAGUUACAAAUGUAAUAAGGCCAAGGUACCUAAUUAUAGAUGUAAAUAUGUGUAACAAUAAGA